CAAUUACCUGAAAUCGAAGUUGGCACUUUAUUCGUCGCAUAGAAAAUCUUUUUUGGUUAACAGAAUCAUAAGGAAGUGUUUUAGCGUUUGACUUCAAAGGAUUGCUGGUGAUAAUCAAUUUGGAGAUUUUUUUAAUUGGCAUUUUCACAAUCAAUUUAACAAGACGGUUUUAAUUAAAUAAAUAAUAAUCUGAUAUAAUUGUGUAACAAGAGUGUAUUUAAAAAAUACAAUUUUUUUCGAAUCUGAUUUUACACAAAAAAAUCAAAGAAGAGAAGGGAUAUGGCGUUGGAAAAAGACAAGGAAUACAAAGCAGUUAUUAAUGACAACAAUGGAGAAUUGGAAUAUAAAUCAAAUGCCGGUAACAUGCACCAAAGGCGAGAUUCAAAUACUUCAAAAAGAAGAGGCAAAAACAUUAAAAUCGACCAGCAUACGGAAGAAUUAGCUAAUGGUCACACCGAGGAAAAGCAAUCUACAAUGGUCGACAGUAACAUUGAUACAAACGCAAAUGCUAUAGAUAAAAAGACGCAGAGCGUUUUAAAAAGGAAGGAUGUCACGUCUGACGUUGAAGAAAAUUAUGAAGAGGACGUCGAUUUGGACGCUCUGCAUGACAGUGGUAUUACUGUCAAUAUUCAAAGUCCAGGUGCAGAGCUUCUCUCCGUUCAAUUAUCCAGUAUGGAACUUGUGCAGGAGAUCCAUCAGUUGCUGAUGGACCGUGAAGAUACUUGCCACCGUACAUGUUUUUCGUUACAGUUGGACGGGGUGACUUUAGAUAAUUUUGCAGAACUAAAGACUAUAGAAGGUUUGAAACAUGGCUCAACUAUUAAAGUUGCUGAGGAACCAUAUACAAUGCGAGAGGCCCGUAUACAUGUACGCCACGUGCGCGAUUUAUUGAAAAGCAUGGAUCCCGCAGACGCUUAUAAUGGCGUUGAAUGUAAUUCGCUGACGUUCUUACAUACUAUUACACAAGGCGAUCUGUUGGAAAAAAAGAAAUCGCGGCCUGAUUCCGUAGAUUGCACUCCAGCAGAAUAUAUAAUGCCCGGAGUUAAAGAACCUCCUUUGACUCCUCUACAACCCGGCGUAGGAAAAAGUUCGAAAGGCCCACAGGCCUUAAAAGUUCUUACUACAUCAGCCUGGAACCCGCCUCCCGGCCCGCGUAAAUUGCACGGAGAUUUAAUGUACUUGUAUGUGGUGACUAUGGAGGAGAAACGUUUCCAUAUUUCUGCAUGUCCAAAAGGGUUUUAUAUUAAUCAAUCGACUGACGAAGUAUUUAGCCCAAAACCAGAUAGUCCAAGCCACCUGAGCCAUUCUUUGAUAGAUUUAUUAACUCAAAUUUCGCCUUCGUUUAAGCGUGCCUUUCAACAAAUGCAAAAAAAACGUACUUUGCGACAUGCCUUUGAACGCGUUGCCACUCCAUAUCAAGUGUAUCAGUGGACCGCUCCUUUGCUAGAACAUACGAUUGAUGCCAUUCGUGCGGAAGACGCCUUCUCUUCCAAAUUAGGCUAUGAGGAGCAUAUUCCUGGACAAACUCGGGAUUGGAAUGAAGAGUUGCAGACAACGCGUGAGUUACCACGGAAAACUUUACCUGAACGCCUAUUGCGGGAGCGUGCAAUUUUUAAAGUUCAUGGCGAUUUUGUAAUUGCUGCUACACGAGGAGCAAUGGCCGUUAUCGACGGCAACGUUUUAGCAAUUAAUCCUGGUGAAGAUCCCAAAAUGCAAAUGUUCAUUUGGAACAAUAUUUUCUUCUCACUUGGGUUUGACGUGCGCGAUCAUUACAAAGAACUGGGUGGUGAUGUUGCUGCGUUUGUGGCUCCACGAAAUGAUCUGCAUGGUGUUCGCGUGUACAGUGCUGUAGAUAUUGAAGGAUUAUAUACUUUGGGUACUGUGGUUGUUGAUUAUCGUGGAUAUCGCGUAACGGCGCAAUCAAUCAUCCCAGGAAUUUUGGAACGUGAACAAGAGCAAUCCGUUGUUUACGGCAGCAUAGAUUUUGGAAAAACUGUGUUAAGUCAUCCUAAAUAUUUAGAACUUUUAAGAAAAGCCGGGAAACACUUAAAAAUACUCCCUCAUUUGGUACAAAAUGAGCGUGAUGAGGCAGUAGAAUUAUGUUCAUCUGUUGAGUGCAAAGGGAUAAUUGGUAAUGAUGGUCGCCAUUAUAUUUUAGAUCUUCUGCGCACAUUUCCACCAGAUGUAAAUUUUCUAAAGUUAAAUGUUGAGCUCAGCUCAGAUUUAAAAGAUAUGGGUUUUCCUAUUGAGCAUAAACACAAAUUAUCCUGUUUACGACAAGAAUUGCUGGAAGCGUUUAUUGAAGAUCGAUAUGUAAGCUUUAUACGAAACGCGGCGCAGCAUUUACAGCGGAUAAACUCUAAUAAGAAAGAAGAAGACAAUUCUACUGCAGCCGCCUGUGGAAAAAAGGAGAAUAUAAUGGAAGAACUUAAAAGUAAUAUUGAUGAUAAUGAAAAUAAUGAAGACAAUUCCAAAGAUAAUUUAGAAGUUGAAAGAAAAACCACUUACGAAGCAAUUAAGGAAGCACAGAGGAGUGUAGCUACAGCUGAUGAAAAGGAAGCAGCCGAAGUGGUCAAACUUGCUUGUGCUGCUGUAGGUUCUUUAAAAGAGAAAGAGUUUGACUUUCGUUUCAAUCCAGACGUCUUUUCUCCUGGUAUACGGCAUGUUGAUGACUCUAACGGACCAAAUUCUUUAGUUAAACAAAAGAAAUUAGUGCAAGAUGCUGCCGAAUUUUUGGUAUUGAAGCAAAUUCCCGCAUUUAUUAAGGAGCACAUUAAUCACACAUCACCUCCAAUGGAUGGUACUAGUAUAACAGAAGCAUUACAUACCCACGGCAUCAAUGUUCGUUACUUGGGAAAAGUUAUUACCAUGCUAAGCCACCUUCCGCGAAUGGAUUAUUUGCAUCGCAUAUCGGUAAUGGAAUUAAUCAUACGAGCAGCAAAACAUAUAUAUUACACUUAUAUGCAAAACACAGAUGCUAUACAUCUAUCGGCAGCCAUAAGUCAUUUCUUAAAUUGCUUCCUAUCGUCGGGAGUCAUUAAUGUUAAUGUCCACUCGGAUGAAUUACACAAAUCUAGCAAUAAUAACAAAAGAGGAAAAAACAAAAAUAGGAAUACUGGCAAAAUCAGUCAAAAAAAUGGUCAAAUGGUUGGCGAGAAUAAUGAUUGGGCCUUAAUUACUCAAAAAAUUUUAUGGCAACAAAUAAAGAAAGAAGCCAAAUUCUAUUGGGAUUAUGAUUUGGGUUGUGAAUCUAUCGAAACAGUGAUAGAAAAAUACUCUUUGCAGCGCACGAGUAUUUUACGUGGUUUUUGCCUCAAAGUUGGCAUCCAAAUUUUAAUAAGGGAUUAUAACUUUGAAUCGCGCAAUAAAUCCACUUUCAGUGACGAGGAUAUUCUAAAUGUUUUCCCAAUUGUGAAACACAUUAGUCCUCGCGCUUCAGAUGCUUAUAAUUUCUAUACGACAGGACAAUCAAAGAUCCAACAGGGCCUUUUCAAGGAAGGAUAUGAAUUGAUAAGUGAAGCACUGAAUUUAUUAAAUAAUGUUUUUGGCGCUAUGCAUUCAGAGAACGGAUCUUGUUUGCGCAUGUUGGCCCGCUUAAGUUAUUUAUUAGGAGACGCUCAAGAAGCUUUAGCUAUACAGCAGCGAGCUGUUAUAAUGAGUGAACGUGUGAAUGGCAUUGAUCAUCCAUGUACAAUUUUAGAAUAUACACACUUAUCACUUUAUUGUUUUGCAAAUGGUCAAAUCAGCACAUCUUUAAAAUUGUUGUACCGCGCUAGGUAUUUGUUGGUUCUCAUAUGCGGUGAAGAUCAUCCCGAAGUCGCGCUUAUAGACAGCAACAUCAGUUUAAUUUUACAUGCCGUUGGUGAAUAUGAACUAUCUUUACGCUUCAUAGAACACGCCUUGCAGCUCAAUUUAAAGUAUUUUGGCAAAAAAUCGAUGCAUGUGGCUGUAAGUUACCAUUUGGUCGCUCGCACCCAAUCCUGUAUGGGUGAUUUCCGUUCGGCGUUAAACAACGAAAAAGAAACGUAUUCCAUUUACAAAACUCAGCUAGGAGAAAACCACGACAAAACCCGCGAAUCUGCGGAGUGUUUACGUCUGCUCACUCAGCAAGCUGUUCUUCUACAGCGUAAAAUGAAUGACAUUUAUUCGAAUGGAAAACUUACUACUGGUUUACCACCUAUUCAUAUUCAGCCGCCAACAAUGGGUUCUGUGUUGGAUAUGUUAAAUACGAUAAAUGGUAUCCUGUUUGUUCAAAUCAGCCAAAGAGAUAUCGCUAAGGUUAGGACAGAAAUUGAGAAACAUUUAAAAACCACAAGCGAAGUGAGUGAAAAUAUUGAAACGCUAGAAAAGUUAGCCGUCGGAGACAAAUCUCUCUUGGUUAAGAACACUCAAGAAGGCGAAGGACUCAACUUAUCAAAUGGCGAGGAUAAUACCAGCGUAGACAAAAAUGUAACUAACAUUACCAAUUCGAACGGAACUGAUUUAAACAUACCAGCAACUAUUAGCUGAAUGUACAGAACUACUUUUCGUACGAAUAAUUACGAAAGCAUUUAAAUAUACUCGCAGAGUCUAUUCAAAAUGCUAAUAUUCAAACCCUUUAAAUACCACAAAUAAAAUGUGACAACUAUUUGCUUAUGGAUAUGAAUUGUUAGAUUAUUUGAAUAUUUGUUUUUCUAACACGUAAUAAAAAAUAACUUAUAUAUG